AUGGCUGAAAUUCUUCUUACAGCAGUCAUCAAUAAAUCUGUAGAAAUAGCUGCAAAUGUACUCUUUCAACAAGGGAGCCGCUUGAAUUUUUUGAAAGAGGACAUCGAUUGGCUCCAGAGAGUACUGAGACACAUUCGAUCAUAUGUAGACGAUGCAAAGGCCAAGGAAGUUGGAGGCGAUUCAAGGGUCAAAAACUUAUUAAAAGAUAUUCAAGAAUUGGCAGGUGAUGUGGAGGAUCUCUUAGAUGAGUUUCUUCCAAAAAUCCAACAAUCCAAUAAGUUCAAAGGCGCAAUUUGUUGCCUUAAGACGGUUUCUUUUGCCGAUGAGUUUGCUGUGGAGAUUGAGAAGAUAAGAAGAAGGGUUGCUGACAUUGAUAGUUUAAGGACAACUUUCAACAUCACAGAUACAAGUAACAACAAUAAUGAUUGCAUUCCAAUGGAACAGAGAAGAAAAUUCCUUCAUGCUGAUGAAACAGAGGUCAUCGGUUUGGAUGAUGACUUCAACAAGCUCCAAGACAAAUUGCUUGUUCAAGAUUUGUGUAAUGGAGUUGUUUCAAUAGUUGGCAUGCCUGGUCUAGGAAAAACAACUCUUGCCAAGAAACUUUAUAGGCAUGUCCGUCAUCAAUUUGAGUGUUCUGCACUGGUCUACGUUUCACAACAGCCAAGAGCAGGAGAAAUCUUACUUGACAUAGCCAAGCAAGUUGGACUGACGGACGAGGGAAGGAAAGAACACUUGGAGGACAAUCUAAGAUCACUUUUGGAAACAAAAAGGUAUGUUAUUCUCUUAGAUGACAUUUGGGAUACUAAAAUCUGGGAUGCUCUGAACCGUGUCCUUCGUCCUGAAUGUGAUUCAAAAAUUGGCAGUAGGAUAAUUAUCACUUCUCGAUAUCAUCAUGUAGGCAGAUACAUAGGAGAGGAUUUCUCGCUCCACGAGUUGCAACCCUUAGAUUCAGAGAAAAGUUUUGAACUCUUUACCAAGAAAAUCUUUAUUUUUGAUAAUAAUAAUAAUUGGGCUAAUGCUUCACCUGUCUUGGUAGAUAUUGGUAAAAGUAUAGUUCGGAGAUGUGGAGGUAUUCCAUUAGCCAUUGUGGUGACGGCAGGCAUGUUAAGGGCAAGAGAAAGAACAGAACAUGCAUGGAAUAGAGUGCUUGAGCGUAUAGGUCAUAAUAUUCAGGAUGGAUGUGCUAAGGUAUUGGCUCUGAGUUACAAUGAUUUGCCAAUUGCAUUAAGACCAUGUUUCUUGUAUUUUGGCCUUUAUCCUGAGGACCAUGAAAUUCGUGGUUUUGAUCUGACAAAUAUGUGGAUUGCUGAGAAGUUGAUAGUUGUAAAUAGUGGUAAUAGGCGAGAGGCUGAAAGUUUGGCGGAGGAUAUCCUAAAUGAUUUGGUUUCAAGAAACUUGAUUCAAGUUGCCAAAAGGACAUAUGAUGGAAGAAUUUCAAGUUGUCGCAUACAUGACUUGUUACAUAAUUUGUGUGUUGACUUGGCUAAGGAAAGUAACUUCUUUCACACCGAGCACAAUGCAUUUGGUGAUCCCGGCAAUGUUGCUAGGGUGCGAAGGAUUACAUUCUACUCUAAUAAUAAUGCCAUGAAUGACUUCUUCUGUUCAAAUCCUAAGCUUGAGAAGCUUCGUGCACUUUUCUGUUUCACAAAAGGAGACUCUUGCAUAUUUUCUCAUUUGGCUCAUCAUGACUUCAAAUUAUUACAAGUGUUGGUUGUAGUCCAGCCUCGAAAAAAUUAUGAUUUCAGCAUUAGCCAAAUCAAAAUUGGGAACAUGAGUUGCUUACGCUAUCUGCGAUUCAAGGGGGAUAUUGAUGGGAAACUGCCAAAUUGUAUGGUGAAGCUCAAACAUCUAGAGACCCUAGAUGUUAGUAAUAGCAGCAUUGAUCUUCCUACUGGUGUUUGGAAGUCUACACAAUUGAGACAUCUUCGUUCUAACUAUUUCAAUGAAGCAACUAACUGUUGCUUUUCUAUAAGCCCAUUUUUUCCAAACGUGCCUCCUAAUAAUGUACAAACUUUGAUGUGGAUGAAUGAUAGAUUUUUUGAACCGAGAUUGUUGCACCGAUUGAUCAAUUUAAGAAAACUGGGUUUAGUGGAUGUAUCCGGUUCUACCAUUAAGAAAUUAUCAACAUUGAGCCCUGUGCCAACGACACUGGAGGUUCUAAAGCUCAGCUCAUUUUUCAGUGAAUUGAGAGAGCAAAUAAACUUGUCAUCGUAUCCAAAUAUUGUUAAGUUGCAUUUGAGCGGAACAAUUCCCUUGAACGUCUCUGAAUCAUUCCCUCCAAAUCUUGUCAAGCUUACUCUUUGGAACUUGAUGGUAGACGGUCAUGUAGUGGCAGUGCUUAAGAAAUUACCCAAAUUAAAGAUACUUAAAAUGUAUCAGUGCUACCAUAUCGAAGAAAAAAUGGAUCUCUCUGGUGAUGGUGAUAGCUUUCCGCAACUUGAAGUUUUGCAUAUUAAAGAUCCAGUCUGCUUGUCUGAAGUAACGUGCACGGAUGAUGUCGGUAUGCCUAAAUUGAAAAAGUUAUUACUUAUAGAAAGAACUGAUUCCAACGUUAGGCUCUCGGAAAGACUUGCAAAGCUGAGAGUAUGA